AUGGAUUUGAUAACUUCUGACCCCAAAAUAAAAAUUGGUAUUCUUUUGUCAUUAAUUUUGCUAUGCUUAUUUGCUCCAUUCAAUUUCAAUUGGCCAGCUCUUUUGAUUGCGGUUGCACUUGGUGUUGUUACUGGACUCUUUGGGAUCACUCUCUCUUUCCAUAGAAAUCUUUCUCAUAAUAGCUUUAAGCUUCCCAAAUGGCUUGAAUAUUUCUUUGCUUAUUGUGGAGUUCAUGCUAUUCAGGGAAAUCCAAUUGAAUGGGUGAAUAUUCAUAGGUAUCAUCAUCGGUUCACUGACUCUGAAAAGGAUCCUCAUAACCGAAUUAAGGGAUUUUGGUUUAGUCAUGUGGGUUGGUUAUUUGAUACUAAUUCUAUGGUAAAAAAGUGUGGAGAACCAACCAAUGUUGGAGAAUUAGAGAAACAAUACUUUUAUAGAUUUGUUAGAAACACUUACAUUUAUCAUAUAUUGGCUAUGGGAGCUCUUCUAUAUGCAGUUGGUGGAUUUCCUUUUAUUGUUUGGGGAGUGGGUGUGAGAACUGUUGUGGUUUACCAUAUUACAUGGUUUGUAAACUCGGUUUGCCAUGCUUGGGGGAGCCAACCUUGGAAUACAAGAGACUUAUCUAAAAAUAAUUGGUGGGUGGCUUUACUUUCAUUUGGUGAAGGUUGGCACAAUAACCACCAUGCAUUUGAGUACUCAGCUAGACAUGGUUUAGAGUGGUGGGAAAUAGACAUGACUUGGUACGUGGUCACAUUUCUUCAAGCUAUUGGUUUAGCCACAGAGGUUAAACUACCAACUGAAAGUCAAAAGCAGAGAAUGGCAUUCAACAACACUGAUGUGGUAGCCACAUGA